UCCCCUCUGGACCGGCGAAGGGUGGCCGCAGACUCCGAGCCGGCGACCGACCGCAGGGGAGGGGGCGGUUGGCAGCGCCUGGCGCGAGGGAGGGUGAAGCCGCCGCGGAGGGGCUCGGCCGGAGGGAGGCGCCGCCAGUCGGCCGUUGAGAGAAGCCGGGGGACCCGCGCGCGGGCAGCGGGAACAUGGCGAGCGCGGGCAGCUCAGCGGAGGAGGGCGCUGGCGAGGAGGAAAACUUUGAAGAUGCCUUUGAAAGCAUCCCAGUGGCAUCCAAGAUGGAUCUCAAGUGUGCGCUGGAAGAAUGUUCAAUGGCACUGAACUUAUUUCUAAAUAAUAAAUUUUCUGAAGCCCUGGAAUUACUUCGGCCAUGGUCUAAAGACAGCAUGUACCAUGCCCUUGGCUAUAGCACUAUUUUAGUUAUGCAGGCUGCUAUGACCUUCGAGCACCAGGAUAUCCAAAUGGGGAUUUCUACAAUGAAGGAAGCUUUACACACCUGCCAAAGAUUCAGGAAAAGAAGCACAGUGGUAGAGUCUUUGUCCAGUCUGGUUUCUAAACAGUCAAUGGAUCAGCUAAGUGAAGAGGAAAUGCAUGCAGAAAUCUGUUAUGCUGAAUGUUUGCUACAGAAAGCAGCACUCACAUUUGUACAGGAUGAAAAUAUGAUCAACUUUAUCAAAGGUGGCCUCAAAAUUAGGACAAGUUACCAAAUAUACAAAGAAUGUCAUCAGGUGCUACAGAUGACUCAGGGCAACAAAAAUAAAAAUGAAACCUACCAUCAGUUUGAAGGAGGAGUAAAACUUGGAAUAGGAGCAUUCAAUUUGAUGCUGUCCCUUUUACCAGGAAGGAUUCUCCGACUUCUAGAAUUUAUUGGGUUUUCUGGCAAUAGGAAAUUGGGCCUCCAUCAGCUGCGGGAAGGUGCUUCUGGUGGCAGUUUGAGGGCCAUACUGUGUACUUUUACCCUGCUGGUAUAUCAUACUUACGUCUCUUUAAUCCUUGGUACAGGGGAAGCCAACCUUCAGGAAGCAGAGACUCUUCUUGAACCCUACCUCCAGAAGUUUCCAAAUGGUUCCAUCAUUUUGUUUUAUGAUGCCAGAAUAGAUAUACUGAAAGGAAAUUUUGAAAAGGCACAGUCAAAAUUCCAAGAAUGCAUUGCUGCUCAGCAAGAGUGGAAACAGAUUCAUCACCUCUGUUAUUGGGAACUGAUGUGGUGCUACUCGUUCCAGCAGAACUGGCUUCAAGCAUAUCGGUAUGCAGACCUGCUCUGCAAAGAGAGCAGGUGGUCUAAGGCAAUAUAUGUAUUCCAGAAAGCUGCAAUUUUGUGUAUGCUUCCAGAUGAGGAUGUGAAAACAACUGGAGAAGAUAUUGUGUCUUUGUUCAGACAAGUGGAUGGUCUAAGACAAAGAAUUGCAGGAAAAUCUAUCCCAACAGAAAAGUUAGCAGUGAGGAAAGCUCGACGCUAUAAUGGUGCUCAGCCAGUGAAGCUUAUACUACCUGCCCUGGAAAUGAUGUAUGUCUGGAAUGGAUUUGCAAUUGUAGGCAAACGGGCUGACCUCACAGAAAGUUUACUGAUAACAAUUGAGAAAGAAGAAACUGCUUUACAGAAUCAAACUAGUCGCACUGAAUAUUUUAUAGAUGAUUUGUGCUUGCUGCAGUUACUAAAAGGCCUUUGUUUGAAACACCUAGGAAGACUCUUGCAAGCUGAACUGUGUUUUAAUCAAGUUAUCCAAAGUGAGAAGCAGAUAAAAUAUGAUAACUAUUUGGUGCCAUUCACUCUGUAUGAGUUGGGACUUCUAUACAAACAGCAGGACCAGAGAGAGAAAGCAAUAAGAUAUAUAGAAACUGCAAAAAACAACUACAAAGAAUACUCCAUGGAGUCCAGGUUACACUUCAGGAUUCAUGCAGCACUUGACAGCCUGAAAGUGACUCCAGCGUCUACGCCUUGACUUAGCCGAAGGGUGAUCUUUUCCCAUGAAUUCAAGUGUCUACAUGAUCUUAGUUGAAUGUUUUUAAACAAUCAUGUAAAAGACAGAAUGAAAAAGAAACAACUAAUUAUUAUAUUUUCUAUCAUCUGUGAUUUGAUGUUUGUCAUCCUUUUAGGCUGUUUUUUCUUAUGGUUAAAGCUACGAUAAUAUCACGGAGGUUACGGAAGUCACGGAAUCUGUGACUUCCAUUGAUCUCUGACAUUUUCUGCCUCGGGUCGGAGCUCCCAGCCCCUCCCCUGCAGCCCCCGAACUGGUGGGGGCACCCUGCAGCUGCCCAGGCACAGCGGGGGACCCCCCCAAAGCUGCCCAGCCACAGCAGCAGGGACCCCCCGGAGCUGUGGGGAUUCCCCUCAGCUACCCAGCCAUGACAAGCGGCUGGGGACCCUGCAUCUCCCAGCCACGAUGGGUGGUGACGGACCCAGGUGUGAGGGGACCCCACAGCUCCCACUCCCUACAGCGGCGGGGGAUCCCAGAGCUCCCACUGACUGCAGCAGUGGGGGAUCUGGGAGCCCCAGCAGGGGUGGGUACUGAACCCACCUACCACUUUUGUCAGGAAUAUUUUUAGUGAAAGUCAGGGACAGGUCACGGGCUUCCGUGAAUUUUUGUUUAUUGUCCAGGACUUUUACUAAAAAUAUCUGUGACAAAAACUUAGCCUUACUUAAGGUGCAUAUAUCAUAUCUCUGUGUGAUACUUUAAAGAAAGAUCUUAUAUUUUGUUUCAUAAAAUAAUUAAUUUAAUGUUUAAUUUGAAUGGGGUAUAUUUUAAAAGCCAGGUGCUGGUGCAAUAAAGUCUAAUUCAAACACUUUAUUUUUUUAAUGUGAAAACUAAUAUUGUUUCUGCAGUGAAGCUGUUUGAUGAUUUUAUGUCAUAGUUUCAGCAUUCCAUGGGAACUUGAUUUUCUGCAAUGCACUUAGUGCCCUUGUAACAAAUGUGUUGGCUUGUUGGUAGCCUCAGUCACAUAUUGGGCAAACAUCUGAAACGGAAAUUCGUGUAUCAAAGAAACAAUAAUUUUCAGCCAAAUAACUAUGAAGGACUUAAAUUCACCUCAAGAACACUAAGUUUGUCUUCAGAGAAAUAUUUUUACAAAUCUCCUUCAAGACAAAAUUAGGCACAGCUACAGUUAUGGUUGGCUUGCAAUACUGUGUUUCAUUCCAAAUAAGUGAUUGCAGGGAGUCCUUCCCACUCUUGUUGGGUUUCAGUCAAAGUAUGUGAAUAAACAAAUAGAUAAAGUCACUGUAUGUGACUUAAUGUCAGGGAGAGGAAAGAAAAUAACCAAGGUGAAGAAAACUUUGUUCAAAUUUACACCUCUUCAGUUAGUGGUUUUUAAUGGCAAUGAAAGAUUCAUUUAGAAGUUGAAUUAAAAGUAAGUGUUUAAUAUAAAUUUUAUAGUCUUUCUAGAAGAUUUUUUUAAGAUGUAAUUUUCUCCUCGUAGACCUUCUUAAAAGAACUAAGGCUGUUAGUAAAGUUUUAGUUAAACAUAAAUAUAUGUAUUCUUGACAAAGGAAGUUUCAGAGCUGCAGCAACAGUAAAGAAUCCUCAACUGAGCAAAUAGUGUGGCUCUAAGUGCUUGGCCUUAGAUGUGAGGCCUGAUCCAAAGUCUUUUGAAAUCAAUGAAUGGAAAGACUUCUGUUGACUUUGUUGGUCUUCGGUUCAGACCCUUAGAACCUGAACCUGCUAACAUGAGUAACUUUACUCACAUGUAUGAAUUCAGUAAAACUAUACAUGUAGGUGUUUGCAGAUCAUACCCUAAAAAUUAUAAUGGAGGACAUUUCUUGAAAUGUUUAGUAUAUAAUAUGAUAUAUCCUGGUCCAGAGCAUUAGGCACACACAUCCCAUUAGUAAUAUCAUCAGUUGCAGGAAUACAAGACAACUUCCCCAGUUUCUUCAGUGAAGCCUUCCCAAGUCAACAUGACCAAAAGUUUUUUCCCUUGUUUGUGUUUGUGAUGUUUCUGAUUAAAAUAGCUUCUUUUUUUAAUAGCCUCUUGUUGGAGGCAGCCAUAUUGCAUGCACACACAGAAUAGGCAUAUAAAGACAAUUUUGUACCUUUUGAUGCCCUUAGUCCUCUAAUAUAACUCCCGUAUACAUAUUCUCCCUUGCUAAAUUCUUAGCUUGUUUGUUUUAGAAUCUUGAGGGAGCAGGUCUUCCUAGCUUCAUUCUAGACAGUUUAUUUUUACCCAUUGAUAGUAGAAAAUGUAAAUGCAAGCUCCAGCAAAGCUGGUGGGAAGGAUGCCUUCCCUUCCAGGCCACUGAAGCAGCGGCUCAGAGCGCAGUAGAUUCCAGUUGAGUUGGCAUGAUGCAGCCCAUUGAGAUUCCAUUGUUAAUUAGUACAUUAUCCCCAAGUUAGGCUAUGAGGUUCAUUGAUAAGAGAAUCAUGAUGAAAAGUCUGUGUAGGGCCUUCAUUAUAAUACUGUUUUAGUCUCAUUAUUUUCAAGUUCUUCACCUCAAUGGCCCAUGUCAAUGGUAUUCUUGAAUAGUGAUUUGGGACCUUAAUGUCUCUGAGCAAAAUUGACCAUGUACUCCAAAGACACAGGUUCCGUUCGCAUUAGUAGGAGAUAUAUACUCACAUCCAAGAACACAGUUAGGCUCAACAUUAAUGGAAGCAUUGUGAAUAAAGUAAUCUUCAUCCUUAAAGUGACAGCAGAUGUGUGAUUUUUUUUAAAGGAGAGAGAGUUAAUCAGCAUGAACAAAAUAAUAAGGUAAAGUUUCACUUCAGUAGGAAAUGUUCGGCAUUGAAAUUAUUAGUAAAAAUACUGUGUUUACACUUGUUGUUUGAGUGUUCAUUCUGUCGGUGAAGGGUUGUUUAUAUAUAUAUUGUAUUAUAAUUUUAAGCACUUUUAAAAUGGAAACUAUAAGAAGAGAAAAUAAAUUUUAGCAGAAAGCUUAUUAAGGAAUUAUGUUUAUAUAUGUUGCUGUAAUGUAUGUCGGCAGCAACUGUAUUUAUACCUCAUGGCCAGAAGAAUAUAUAAAAAUUAGAUUUUGUUGUUUGUUUUCAGAACAUUUUGCCAACCCAAGCGUAAAGAUAAAAAUGAUCACUUCCUAUAUAUGUAACAGAAAUCCAACUUAUGCUGUGCAUCUAUUUUUCUACUGGUCUUGACUGUUAAUGUACUUUGUUACUGUAAACUCUUAUACUUCAUAGUUCAACAAAGAUUGUUUAUAUUUGCACUGGUGGUGCUAUUUAUUUGCUUUUGAAAAUAUUGGGAUUUGCACAUGUUCAAGAUGUUGAAAGACAGUGAAGUAUCUUUGAUAUUGAAAGUAUAUAGAAAUAGACUAAUUCACACUGACAUAGUAGGUCAGAUUCUAACUUCAGUGGAGUUAUUCCAGAUUCAUACUGAUGCAACUGAGAGCAGAAUUUGGCCCAGGACAUUAGUUGUGCAUUAGAAACUAACAGCUGAGCAUUAGCAAUAUAGAAAAUUGGUGAACAGAGAUGGCACUGAAAAAUUAAAACACUAAUUCAGGCUCACGACUCCUACUUACCAAUACCACUUACUAACGUGCAUGUUCUAGAGAAAAAACACGUUUAGGAGAGGAGAUAUUGAAUGUAAA